GUUCGAGUGCUGAGUGGAACUUCAUCUGUGGACACUGACACGGGAAUCAUUGCCCUGCGCGCCAAGAGGACGCACGCACACACUCAGCAGAAGAGCAAGGUCUUGAGAGGCACGUGAUAACAUGGCAGAGAUCAGGGGCCUCCUCUUUGUUGCUCUCAUGGUCACCGUGUGUCUCCACGGCAACGCAGCUCAGCUAACAGACACUCACUCCUCCCAAAAAUGCACUGAGACAUCACUGGCGGACAUCGUGUUCCUGUUGGACGGCUCCUCCAGCAUCACCCCAGAGAGCUUCAAGGAGAUGCUCCUCUUCCUACAGAAGUUCAUCCAGAACCUCGAUGUGGGCGCGGACAAGGUGCGUGUGGGCGUGGCGCAGUACAGCGACGAGCCGUACAAGGAGUUCCUGCUGAAGGACCACAUGGACGAGGCCUCGCUGCUGGACCAGGUGAGCAAGAUCAAGCACCGGAAGGGAGGCACCUUCACGGGCAAGGCCAUCACCUUCCUCCAGCAGACCUUCUUCACCCAAGAGGGGGGCAGUCGCGCUGCAGAGCGCGUGCCCCAGAUCACCGUGGUGAUCACGGACGGGGACUCGUCGGACGACGUGAUCGAGCCCGCGCGGCAGCUGCGGGAGAAGGGGGUGAUCGUGUUCGCCAUCGACAUCGGCAGUUCCAAUUCAAUUAACCUGCAUGAGAUCGCCAACCGACCACACGAGCGCUUCCUGUUCAGCAUCACCAGCUACCAGGCCCUCCAGCAGCUCAUCGACAGGCUGCUGCAGAUCCUCUGUGUGACCGUAGAGGACCAACGGACCGUCCUUCUCUUUCCCCAAAAAUGCAAUGAGACAUCACUGGCGGACAUCGUGUUCCUGUUGGACGGCUCCUCCAGCAUCAGCCCAGAGAGCUUCAAGGAGAUGCUCCUCUUCCUCCAGAAGUUCAUCCAGAACCUCGAUGUGGGCGCGGACAAGGUGCGUGUGGGCGUGGCGCAGUACAGCGACGGGGCCUACGAGGAGUUCCUGCUGAAGGACCACAUGGACGAGGACUCGCUGCUGGACCAGGUGAGCAAGAUCCAGCACCGGAAGGGAGGCACCUUCACGGGCAAGGCCAUCACCUUCCUCCAGCAGACCUUCUUCACCCCAGAGGGGGGCAGUCGCGCUGCACAGCGCGUGCCCCAGAUCGCCGUGGUGAUCACGGACGGGGACUCGUCAGACGACGUGAUUGAGCCCGCGCGGAAGCUGCGGCAGAAGGGGGUGAUCGUGUUCGCCAUCGCCAUCGGCAGUUCCAAUUCAACGAACCUGCAUGAGAUCGCCAACCGACCGCACAAGCGCUUCCUGUUCAGCAUCAACAGCUACCAGGCCCUCCAGCAGCUCCUCGAUAGGCUGCUGCAGAUCCUCUGUGUGACCGUUGAGGACCAGCGGACCGCUUUGGUGCAAACAUUUUCCGACAUCUACUUCCUGGUGGACAGUGGCCUGACCGCGGCCGACUUCAAGCUAACCCAGAACAUGAUGGUGCGCCUGGUUCAGCAGCUCAACGUGGGAGAUACGGCCCACCGCAUCGGCCUGGCCCGGUACGGCCAGGAAACCAAGUUGGAAUUUCUCCCUAACCAGCACAAGAACAAAAAGGAGGUGGUGGCCAGCAUUAAGCGUCUCAGGGUGAUCCAAGGCAGUCCCAAUGCGCCGCGCAACCUGGGUGGCGCACUGAAUUACACCGCCACUAACUUCUUCAGUACCGAGGCCGGGAGCCGUGAGCAUCUGGGUUUCCGGCAGUUCCUUGUGGUCGUGUCCGGGGCCAACUCCAGCGACAGCAUCUACCAACCGGCCCGCCGGGUGAAGUCCGAGGGGGUGACGGUGAUGGGCAUUGGCCUCGGCUCGGGCAUGACGGACCAGAUGAAGACAGUGGCCACUGCCCCAUACGUUUACCAGUCUGCCAACAUCGUGCCCAUGCUGAAGGCAGCGUUUGAGACUGAGGAAGAGCAUAUGGGCGUAGUUGAGGAUUGUGUAGCUUCCAGAGUAGCUGAUGUUGUGUUCAUUGUGGACGAAUCGGGAAGUAUCAAAACUGCUGGCUUUCAGUUGGUGCUCUCUUUCCUGCACAAUAUGGUGGAAAGCCUUGACGUCCAGACAAACAGAGUACGGGUUGGCAUAGUCAUGUACAGCGACAAUCCUGCAGGCCAGGUCUACCUCGAUACCUUCGAUAACAAGAAUGAGAUCCUCCAGUUCAUCAAGAUUUUGCAUUACCAUGGAGGAGGCACCAAAACAGGCCUCGCGCUGAAGUUUGCUCGCGAGAACGUCUUUGUCAAACAGCAAGGAGGACGGAAAAGCCAAGGCGUCCAGCAGGUUGCAGUGGUUAUCACUGAUGGAGAAUCUCAGGAUGAGGUGGAAAAGGAGGCGGCAGACCUGCGUCGUGAUGGGGUCACCAUCUACGCCAUCGGAAUCAAAGAUGCGAACAGGACCCAGCUGGUGCAGAUUGCAUCGCACCCUAGAACCAUGCAUGUGUACGAUGUUGACAGUUUUGUCAGGCUGAAGACCUUGCAGAAGAGCCUGGUGAAGACCAUGUGCCGCAACAUCUUCCGUCAGGCCAUUGCAGUCAACAAGAGAAGAACUGACAUCAAAGAAGGAUGUAUGCAUACAGAUGAGGCCGACAUAUUCUUUUUGAUCGACCAAUCAGCAAGUAUUUCACACGACGACUUCACAUACAUAAAGAAAUUCGUCAUUAACUUCCUGAACACCUACCGCAUCGGCCCGGACCAUAUCCGCGUUGGGUGUGUCAAAUAUGCAGACUCGCCCACCUUAGAGUUCGACCUGACUACGUACACUGACAGCAAAAGCCUGGGGGAUGCGGUGGAGAGCAUCCAUCAAGUUGGCGGCGGUACCGAGACCGGACGUGGCCUGUCCUUCAUGGCGCCCCUGUUUGAGAGAGCCAUGAAAACUCGAGGGCACAAAGUCCCUGAGCACCUCAUUGUCAUCACGGACGGGAAGUCGGCGGACAAGGUCCAACUUCCUGCAGAGAAGCUGAGAACCCAGGGUGUCAACAUCUAUGCAAUCGGAGUGAAGGAAGCAGUUGAGACAGAGCUGCAGGAGAUCGCUGGAAGCCCACAGAAUACCUUCUUGGUGAAUAAUUUUGAUGCCCUUAAAAUUAUCAAGGACGACAUUAUCACUGACAUCUGUUCACCAGAUGCCUGCAAGGACAUUCCAGGGGAUCUCCUCUUCUUGAUCGAAGGCUCUGAUAACAUCAGAGAAGAAGACUACCAGAAGAUGAAGGACUUCAUGAAAGCUUUGAUUGGCAAGUCUCAGGUUGGACAGGAAAUGGUGCAUGUGGGAGUCAUGCAGUUCAGCACCAGCAAGACGAUGGAGUUCCAGCUCAAUAACUUCCAUGACAAAGGAGGAAUGUUGAAAGCUAUUGACAACAUGCAGCAGCUUGGCGGAGGCACGCACACGGGCCAGGCCCUGACCGAAGUCUCCCUGUACUUUGACCUGGCCAAGGGGGGUCGUCCGGGGAUAAGACAGAACCUGAUUGUGAUCACUGAUGGUGAGUCCCAGGAUCAGGUGAAGGGGCCGGCUGAGGUGUUGAGGCAAAAGGGUGUGACCAUCUUCUCCAUCGGUGUGGUCAACGCCAACACCACACAGCUUCUGGAGAUCAGUGGCUCCGAUGACCUCGUGUUCACUGAGAGGGACUUUGAUGCCCUGAAGGACUUGGAGAGCGAGCUGAAUCUGCGUCUUUGUGAGAGAGAGUGCCAGAAGACUCAGAUGGCAGACAUCAUCUUCUUGGUCGAUGGCUCCUCCAGCAUCAGCGUCGGCAAUUUCGCAGCCAUGCUGAAUUUCAUGCAGUCCGUCGUGAACAUGACCACCGUCGGCGAGAAGAUGACGCGUUUUGGCGUCAUCCUCUACUCCAACGAACCUGAAUCCAAAUUCAACCUCAAAGACAAUUUCUCCAAGAGCGAGGUGUUGAAGGCCAUCCAGGCGCUCAAGUCCCCGACCGGAAACACCUACACAAGCAAGGCCUUGAACUACACCCUACAGUUCUUUGAUGAGAAGUACGGCGGCCGCCAAGCCGCCGAGGUGCCCCAGAUCCUGAUGGUGAUCACAGACGGUGAGGCCACCGACCGACAUGACCUGAAGGCUCCAUCCGAGGCGCUGCGUGAGAAGGGCAUCAGCGUGUUCAGCAUCGGAGUGAAGGGUGCCGACAAGACUGAGCUGGUGAUCAUGGCCGGGGAACCCUCCAGGGUCUUCUUCGUUGACAACUUUGACGCCCUGAAGACCCUCUACAAAAACGUCUCCAGUGAGCUCUGCAGCGCUACCAUUCCUGUGUGUAAGAAGGAGAAAACGGACCUGGUUCUGCUGGUUGACACAUCGGAGACCAUCACCGACACUAACUUCAGCAACAUGACGACCUUCAUGACCGACCUGAUCGGCAGCUUCAAGAUCAGCAAGGAUCAGGUGCGCGUGGGCGUGGCCCAGUUCAGCAGCAAGCCGCUCAAGGAGUUCUACCUAAACCAGUUCCACACGGUGGAGGAGGUGACCAGGAACAUCCUGGAUAUGGUGCGGCAGAAGGAAGGAACCAAGAUUGGAAAAGCGCUGGACUUCAUCAAGAGUUACUUUGAGGCGUCCACCGGGAGCCGCAUCAGUAGCAGCGUCUCCCAGAACCUGGUGGUGAUGAUGGAUGAUGGAUCCCUGGACGACCCGGUGCAGGAGGCCGAGGUGCUCCGGGGGAUGGGCAUCCAGAUCAUUGUCAUUGGCGUCGGUGUCUUCAACCAGCUGGAUCUGAAGAAGAUCACGAACGACACCAACCUCAUCUUCACGGUCCAGGACUACGGCGCACUGGCCAAGCUCAAGCAGAAGGUGGUGAAAGCCAUCUGCAAAAAGCCUGACCCUCUCUCUAACUCAGCCUGCAGUAUCGAUGUGGCAAUUGGUUUUGACAUGUCCCAGCGCUCCGGGUCCCAGCUGCUUGUCAGUGGGUUCCCCAAGCUCCGGGCGGCCCUGCCGGAGAUCCUCCACCGUGUGUCCACACUCAAGGGCCUCUGCUGCGUCCAGAAAACGCCCAUCAAACCCAACGUUGCCUUCCGGUUGGUCAGCCAAGACGGGCGUGUCCUGGACGACUUCAACUUUGAGCCGUUCAGCGAGGCGGUGGUGGACAAGGUCAUGAACCUGCAGAUGUCAGAGACCACCUUCUUCAACACGGCCCUACUCACCUCCUUCCAGGAGAAGUUCAAGACCCAGUCCAAUGCUGGCGCCAAGGUACUCGUGGUCUUCACAGAUGGUCUGGAUGAAGAUGUUAUGAAGCUGGAGCAUCAGUCUGAGCUGCUGCGUCUGUCUGGGGUGAAUGCCCUGCUGGCGGUGGCGCUUGACGGUGUGCGUGACUCCAGCCAGAUCCAGAUGGUGGAGUUCGGUCGAGGGUUCGGCUACAAGGUCCCCCUCAGCGUGGGCAUGCAGAGCGUGGGCAGUACCUUGCUCAAACAGAUCGACGCCGUGGCCGAGCGAGAGUGCUGUGGUGUCAUGUGUAAAUGUUCGGGACAUGAAGGAAGCCGAGGCUUGAGAGGAUCCUCAGCUGCAAAGGGUGCUCCCGGACCUAAAGGUCAUCCAGGAUUCCCAGGAGAGGAAGGGACUGCCGGCGAUCGAGGCCAUCCCGGGCCCUCAGGGGUCCGAGGGACCCAGGGAUGCCCAGGGACCAGAGGACAGAAGGGAAAUCGGGGUCACCGUGGCGACAAGGGUGAAGAGGGUGAUUUUGGAAUGGAUGGAGUCGACGGACAGCAGGGUGAAGCAGGCUUGAAGGGAGCUUUAGGAGACAGAGGACGUCCGGGAAAUGCGGGCAACACAGGGAUCCGAGGAGAGGGAGGAGAUGAAGGACAGCGAGGACUCAGAGGAGACCCGGGGGCAGCUGGAUCCGACAAUGCAGAGGAGGGACCAAAAGGAGAACCAGGAAACGCUGGUAUGCCGGGCAUUCCAGGGAAGGAAGGCGUGAACGGGGAGAGUGGAAUCGAGGGAAACGAGGGACCCAAAGGAAGACGAGGACCCAUGGGAGAAAAUGGUCUGAAUGGAGAGUCGGGCAUUGUAGGAGAAGCAGGAAGCCGCGGCCCUUCAGGAUCCCGGGGACCCCAAGGGACCAGAGGUAAACUGGGCCCCAGAGGAAUCCAGGGCCUUCCUGGAACUCAGGGCAGGCCAGGGGCUGAUGGACCAGGCGGUAUACCUGGACCACCUGGAGCCAAUGGACAGAAGGGACAACAAGGCGACUCGGGGCCACAAGGAGUGUCGGGACCACUGGGGUCCAGAGGAAUGCCAGGGCAAGAUGGCAGAGAUGGAUAUGGAAUAUCUGGACCGACAGCAUCUAAGGGUGAUCCUGGUUUCCCCGGAUAUCCUGGUGUUCCAGGGGACAGCGGACUAGACGGACCCCAUGGAGACCCUGGGCCCAAAGGAAACCUCGGCAGGGGGGGAGUCGCGGGAUAUCCUGGAGAAUCGGGCGUGACCGGAGGACCAGGACAUCCUGGACAUACGGGCGCCAGAGGUCCUCCAGGGAACCGGAACAUGUCUGAGUGUCAGCUGAUAACCUACAUCCGAGACAACUGCGCCUGCUCCCAAGGCUUUGCAUGCCCGGCCUACCCCACAGAGCUGGUGUUCGGCCUGGACAUUUCACAGGACGUCACGCCGGACGCCUUCGAGAGGAUGCGCUCGUCCCUGCUAGCGCUGCUGGAGGACGUCUCCAUCUCCGAGAGCAACUGCCCCACGGGGGCGCGCGUGGCUGUGGUGGGCUACAGCGCCCACACCAAACAACUCAUCCGCUUCCACGACUACCACCGCAAGAGGCAGUUGAUCGAGGCGGUGCAGAACAUCGCCCUGGAGCAAACGGCCAACCGACGGCAUCUGGGCGCCGCCAUGCGCUACGUGGGCAACAACAUGUUCAAGCGCGUGCGGCAGGGCGUGAGGGUGAGGAAGGUGGCGGUGUUCUUCAGCAACGGGCCGGCGCAGGACAGUGAGGACAUCGUUACUGCCAUGAUGGAGUACCGCGCCCUCAACAUAAUGCCGGCAGUAGUGGCGCUCCGACAGAGCACCAAAAUCCAGCAGGCCUUCCAGGCUGACGACACGGGCAACUCUAUCUUCCUGUUGCUUGGCCGCUCACCGAACCUUGCCAACGAUCUGCGGAUGAUCAAGAGCUGCGUCAUCUGCUACGACCCCUGCAGGCCUGUGUCCGACUGUGUCAGUAUUCAGGAGAUCCCCGUGCCCCAGGUCCUGGAUGUGGACCUGGCCCUAGUUGUGGACGGCUCCAGGCAGGUCCAGGGUGACCAUUACUCGGCUGUCCAGGAGCUGCUUGGCUCCGUGAUGGAGCAGGUGGCCGUCAGCCGUCAGCCCCGCCGGGCCGACAGCCAGGCCCGGGUGGCCCUGGUCCAGCAGAGCGGCUCACUCCACUCCCAGGCUCCUGUUCCGGGUCAGCAGGCCGCCAAGUUAGAGUUUGGUCUGCAGACCUUCCAGGGUAAGAGCCAGAUGAAGAGCCACGUGCUGGAGAAGAUGGUGCAGCAGGGGGGCCCCUCGGCCCUGGGCCACACCCUGGAGUUCACCCUGAAGGAGGUGCUGCUGAACGCCAACAGCCCCAGGAAGAACAAGGUGAUGAUGGUGGUGGUGGGGGCCGAGACCCCCAGCUGGGACCAGGCCAAGCUUCGCCAGGUGGCUAAGGAGGCCAAGUGCAAGGGGGUAGCCGUGUUCGUGGUGGCCCUGGGGGAGCACUACAACCGGGCCCAGGUGUCAGAGCUGGCCAGCACCCCUCUGGAGCAGCACCUCAUCUGCCUGGGCCAGCUGAGGGCCGAGGAGCAGGGCUACGCCCAGCGCUUCAUCAGGAGCUACCUCUCCGUACUCAACGCGGGGCUGAACACUUAUCCACCUGUCACUCUGAAGAAGACAUGUCACCUGAUCAACAACCAACAGGAAGGGGUGAAAAACGGCCAGGGGCAAGUGAAUUUCAAUGAUCAGGAGCAGUUUGAGAUGCUGACCGGAACAAGGACUGAAAAACUGCUGGGCCCGCUGGACCUUGUUGGGUCCAAUAACCCUAACCCUGGCUCCACGACCCGAGCCUAACGGUAAGCUAGCUAGC